AUGGCGAUGGCAGCAGCACGUCUCUUCCUCUGCCUCGUCUCCUCUCUCGCCUUGGUCACCUUCUCUUCCUGCUCACUGUCGCUGGCCAGCGACCAGCGGGAUACCGACAGGGUGACACGCCUUCCUGGCCAGACAGAGAGCCCGAGCGUGUCCCAGUUCUCUGGCUACGUCACGGUGAACGAGCCCAACGGGAGAACGCUCUUCUACUGGUUCUUCGAGGCACAGACGCCGCCGGAGGAGAAGCCGCUCCUCCUGUGGUUCAAUGGAGAGGCCAACCUGCUGUUCUUGGAGUCUCCUGCUGGGGUUGGAUUCUCCUACACCAACACAUCCUCUGAUAUUGAAAGGGUGAAUGAUGAAUUUGUAGCUGAGGAUGCUUAUAGCUUCCUAGUGCACUGGCUAGAGCGAUUUUCAGAGUACAAGGACACAGAGUUUUACAUCUCAGGAGAGAGCUAUGCAGGUCAUUAUGUGCCACAACUUGCUGAACUUGUUUAUGAGAGGAACAAGGACAAGAGGGGCAAAGCAUAUAUAAACCUCAAGGGGUUCAUUGUUGGCAAUCCUGUCACCAACGAUUCCUAUGAUUCGAAAGGGCGAGCUGAGUAUGCCUGGAGCCAUGCAGUUGUGUCAGAUGAAGUAUACAGCCGCAUCAAAAAGCAUUGUGACUUCAAGAUUUCCAAUUUGUCUGAUGAUUGCAACGCGGCCAUGGACUUCAUCGAUAGUCAGUACCAAGAGAUCGACGCAUACAACAUCUAUGCACCCAAAUGCCUUCUAAAUCAGAGUUCAGCAUCUUCUACAAAUCAUGGAAUCUUCGUCAAUGAUCAGUUCAAGAGAAGGAAACACAUUUUCUCUGGCUAUGAUCCGUGCUACUCAUCCCAUGCCGAGGACUACUUCAACAAGCAGGAAGUGCAGAAAGCGUUUCAUGCGAAUGUGGGAAAAUGGCAUAUCUGCAGCGAUCCCGUCCUAAACUUCUACAAUUUCACGGUAUCCUCGGUGCUACCCAUAUACUCUAAGCUCAUCAAAGCAGGACUGAGAGUUUGGCUCUACAGCGGUGAUGCAGAUGGUAAGGUCCCAGUGAUCGGCUCCAGAUACUGCGUGGAAGCGCUCGGGCUGCCAAUCAAGACCCAGUGGCAACCCUGGUACCUUGACAAACAGGUUGCUGGCAGGUUUGUGGAGUCCUAUGGGAUGAGCAUGGUGACGGUCAGGGGUGCAGGCCACAAGGCGCCCCCUGCUGAAGCAUUGCUGCUGAUCAACACAUUCCUCCGUGGCGAGCAACUUCCAACACACCGUUGA